AUGGAGUCGGUAUGGAUUACACAGGAAAGUUCGAAUUACAUACGUGUCACUGGAACAAAAGAAUAUUCUCCACCAGCUAUUACUAAACUUGCGAUUUUCUAUAUCGGUGAUCAUCAAUGCGAAACGACGGUGAAUGCUACAGGAAGAAAUAGCCAUAGAAAAUUUGCUUAUUACCGACGGCAAAUUGAACAUGGCUGGCAUCAAGCUGGCACACGCGAUCGUAGUAGAGAUAAAGGUGGGAAUAUUAAUUUAGAACUUUUCGUUUACGAAGAAGAUGAAUACGAAUGGCUUCAUACUUAUUUCACUCGACAACGAUUACAAAUAUUAAUUGUAGAUGAUUGGAAACAAUGA